CCCUUACAGGAUUUCUUUGGAGUCUUCCUGGGGCCCAGGCGGAAAGUGGGACAAGGGGCCAGGAAGGUUCUCGAUCCCGUGCCUUGCGCUCGGAACCGCCGCCCCACUCGGGCGCCGCGGAGAGGGGGAUGGCUCCGGACCGAAGUCCGCGAGGGGCUGCCGCGCGGCCGGGGGUAUUGCCCCGCCCUUUGACCCCAGUUGCUGAUUUACCCGGCGGCCAAUAGGCGGCUGGGCCGGGUCGCGCCGCUCCGACGGCGCAGAGGACACAGCUCCAGAGCUCGGCUCCCGGGCAGCGAUGGAGCAUCCGGUGAGAGUGAAGGCUUGGGUGGAGGAGAACCGGGCCUCUUUCCUGCCCCCGGUCUGCAACAAGCUCCUGCACCAGAAGCAGCUCAAAAUCAUGUUUGUGGGGGGCCCCAAUACCAGGAAGGACUACCACAUCGAGGAGGGUGAGGAGGUGUUUUACCAGCUGGAGGGUGACAUGCUUCUCCGAGUCCUGGAGCGAGGGAAACACCGGGAUGUGGUCAUUCGGCAGGGAGAGAUCUUCCUCCUGCCUGCUGGGGUCCCCCACUCUCCACAGCGGUUUGCCAACACCAUGGGGCUGGUGAUUGAGCGGAGGCGGCUGAAAACAGAACUAGAUGGGCUCAGGUACUACGUGGGGGACACCACGGACGUCCUGUUUGAAAAGUGGUUUUACUGCGAGGACCUUGGCACACAGUUGGCCCCCAUCAUCCAGGAGUUCUUCAGCUCUGAGCAGCACAGAACAGGGAAGCCCAAGCCUGACCAGCUGCUCAAGGAACCACCAUUCCCCCUGAGUACACGGUCCAUCAUGGAGCCCAUGUCCCUGGAGGCCUGGCUGGAUGGCCACCGCAAGGAGCUGCAGGCAGGCACACCGCUCAGCCUGUUUGGGGACACCUAUGAGACCCAGGUGACCGUCCACGGACAAGGCAGCAGCAAAGGCUCGAGACAGGACGUGGACAUAUGGCUGUGGCAGCUGGAGGGCUCCUCGGUGUUGAUGAUGGAAGGAAAGCGCCUGAGCCUGAACGCUGAUGACAGCUUCCUGGUGCCAGCCGGGACUGCGUACUCCUGGGAGCGAGGGCGAGGCUCCGCAGCACUCUCUGUGACCCAGGACCCCGCCCGCAAGAAGCCCCUAGGGUGACCCUCUUGCUGUGAGCCCAGAGCAGCCACCCUGGCCUGAGCACCACCCCUGCCAAAUAACUCCCCCCCACCUCAUUGCUUCUAUGUGUACUGCUGCCAAGUGACUCAGCGUGCCCUGGGCUGGGCCCUGAACAUCAGUGCCACCCAUCCAUCUCCUGUCCUCUCGGCCAGGAUGCCAGGUUGCUGGGGACAGUAACUCCCCUUCUCUCCUAACAGCCCUCUGUACAGUUCAGCCAGGCUGCCUCUCCAGCCCUCUGUCCCUGCCGCCAAGAAGGCCCUCAAUAAAGGCUUCCUGGUGGA